AUGGCAGAAGACACUUCGGAUAUGGAGAAAGAACUACUUAUAGAAGAAGAACAACAUCAGAGUGACGAGGACCUGUCUACGAACGAACGAUUUAUGGAAUUGUUAUCCAAAAUGAAUGAUAAUAUUUGUGCACUAGGCGUAUCGCUAAAUAAACGAAAACAUGAGAGCUUUGUCUCUGAAGCAUUGCUGGGAGACGCGGAGCAGGGACUUGAGGGACGACAUCACAAUGCCAAUGGCAAUGAUGAGAACAAUUCGAACGAGGACGAACAACAAACCGCCAACAUGGCGGACGUAGACGAUCCCUUGCUGGACGAAAUAGCGAAGUCACUUGACGAAACUGAGCGAACGGGCGACCCCGUCUCAGAUAAACUCGCACUGAUUGCUAACAAACGCUGGAAUCAUAAAUUAAGUGACGACCAGCUAAAAGAAAAGGCCGAAAAAUACCCGCGACCAGCGAACUGCGACAAAGUUGUGAGCCCACGCGUAAACCCUGAAAUAUGGGCUAAAUUAACAAGGGCUGUUCGUGGCGAGGAUCACAAGCUCUUUCGUGUACAAACCCAGCUUAGCACAGUCACUAACCUUGUAGUGCAAGCUACAGAUAUUAGUCCGUAUGUUGUGACCCGAUAUCGUUCACUUUCGUUAAGCAUGUCUUAGAUCUGAAAUAUUUUUACGGGAACUAACACUUUCGAACACGCUGAGUUCAAAUCCGAAAAGUUCCCACUCCGUAGACCCGCAGUUUUUUCACAAAAUGCUAUUUUAUCUUCACUAAUUUCACAACAAUUUUUUUCAUUGUUCAACAAUACGGAUCGAUGACGAUACACGAUUAUGUCACUCAAAAUGACCAAUUUCUAUUAACCAUGCUUUCUUGUAACAAAAGAUCGGUUUUGCUCGAAUUAUUUUGAGUUAUGCAAUCUUAUGCGUGUUGGACGUAAACAACAUAUAUUGUCUACAACUUUGAGAAGGUACAGAUAACGCUUUCUAAAAUCCUCAUUUCUAGAGAUAUUUCCAUAAAAUCACAAUGACGUUAAUGUCAAGUCUUUUAGCUAUGUCACUGGCGUGAAAAAUAACUCUCUUAACGCGAUCAAGGUAUUUAAAACAAAAGUAACGCGAAGCCAACGUAACGGCAAAGAUAACGCUAAAACGAAAUAUUGUCGAAUGGUUGCAGGUAGAAGACUUACGACAGGAUCAGUCUUAAAUAACCUUACGAUAAAUGUUCACAUCAAAGACAAAGAUCAGUCACCAAGUAAAAAAUACGCUCUGUAAACUUACCGCGAAGUGGAGAAAUGUGUGCAUGAGCUGUUUAUUUGAUGAUUUCGACGUAUAUAAAAGCCCUCUUUCCAAUAAUAUUCGCUUAUCGCACAGUAUAACACCAACUGAUGUAAUAGUUUAAAUGCAAUGAUAAGUUAUCUCUUGAAUUACGUCUUGGAAACCGUGUUGGAAAUUUCAGUGCUGAUCCAUUAUAUAUAGAUUACCGUUUUAUAUCUUUGUAUAAAACAUUUUGAUCGCAUGUAAGGAAUUAUUUCUCAGCCCAGAGACAUAGCCCAAAGACUUGACAUUAACGUCCUUGUGAUUUUAUAGAAAUAGAUCCAGAACUAAGGAUAUUAGAAGGAAUUAUCUGUACCUUCUCAAAGUUGUAGACAAGAUAUGUUGUUUACGUCCAACACGCAUAAGAUUACAUAACUCAAAAUGAUUCGAGCAAAACCGGUCUUUUGUUAAAAGGAAGAAUGGUUAAUAGAAAUUGGUCCUUUUGAGUGACAUAAUCGUGUAUCGUCAUCGAUCCGUGAUGUUGAACAAUGAAAAAAAUUGUUGUGAAAUUAGUGAAGAUAAAAUAGCAUUUUGUGAAAAAACUGCGGGUCUACGGAGUGGGAACUUUUCGGAUUUGAACUCAGCGUGUUCGAAAGUGUUAGUUCCCGUAAACAUAUUUCAGAUCUAAGACAUGCUUAAUGAAAAUCGUUUUCUAGGCACUUUUCGAGGUCACAACACACGGACUAUAUGCUGUUGAAAGCAAAAUCUGACCCAAAAAGUCUAAAAAUUGAUGACCUAAUGCGAAUGAACACAGAUGCUGUUGCUCUGGUUAGUCAUGCUAGCCAUGAGCUAGCCCAAAGAAGGCGCGAAAUCAUCAGACCUCACCUUCACAGGGAUUAUAUUGAGCUAUGCUCACAAGAAGUUCCUGUGACAAGCUUACUGUUUGGAGACGACCUCCAGACAGAAUUGACCCGUAUUCGGGCAACAAACAAAAUUGGAAAUACAACAAAUCCAUCAUCACACGCGCCGAGUCAACGCCGGAUUUAUAAGCCAAGUACGAGCAAUUAUGGCAACAAACAGCCUCCUUUUUUAUGGCGAGGAGCCCAGUCGUACAGACGACUGGAGAACAACAACAGGCGGGGUCAGAACCGAGCUCGUUUCGGGCCAACGAAGAAAUAG